UGAACAAAGGGUCGGGGAAAGAGCUCCUGCUACACAGUUGCUUCCCUGGGCGUAUGAAAUGAUUCACUACAGGAAAAGAUUAUACCUGGUGAUCACCAUUUCCCUUGCCACCAUUAUGAUAAUGCUCUUCUUUGACAAGAAAACAAAUCUUCCUUCGGUGAAGAACAGCCUUUGCCGAGGGAUUCCUACCAUUAACACCAUUACACCCUUGAAAGAUAACCGAACCUUCAUAAUCGCUCCAUACUUUGACAACAGAAAGAACAAAAUGACACGAGUGAUUUCAAUAGUCCACCACAAAGAUGUCAAGGAACUUUACUGCUGGUUCUGCAACUCAUCCAGUGGAGAAAUAUACAUCUCCAAGGCUGAAAUAUAUGUCCAUUCUGAUAGAUUUGACUUCCCUUACGGUGCCACGGACUUGAAAUGUCUGGAACCGAAAGACUGGGAACCACGUUUCGUGUCAAUACAUUGGUCUCCUAAAGGAGAUAUUGACCAGCUACCACUUUUUGAAAUAAGAAACCGUGAUCCUGAAGAUUCCCUUGUGGAAUUCACAGUCUGCAUCUCCACUAUGUUUGGAGAGUACAACAAUGUCCUGCAGUUUGUGCAGAGCAUGGAGAUGUAUAAAAUCCUCGGGGUGGGCAGAGUGGUGAUCUACAAGAACAGCUGCAGCCCACUGAUGCAGAAAGUGCUGGAUUACUAUAUUGCAGAAGGGAUUGUCGAGAUAAUCCCCUGGCCCAUUGAUUCAUACCUCAGGGUCUCUUCUCGUUGGCGUUACUCAGUAGAUCCCAAGGACAUUGGCUACUAUGGACAAAUCACAGCCUUAAAUGACUGUAUUUAUCGCAACAUGUACAGGAGCAGAUAUCUGCUGCUGAAUGACAUGGAUGAAAUUAUUCUGCCAGUAAAAUAUCCAAAUUGGAAAACCAUGAUGCAGAACCUUCAGGUGCAACAUCCAAAAGCUGCUGUUUUCAUCUUUGAGAACCAUAUUUUCCCUAAAACUGUAUUCACUCUUAAUGAUCCAUUCAACAUUUCCUCUUGGAGAACAAUACCUGGAGUUAACAUUCUGCAGCACGUCCUCCGGGAACCUGAUAGGAAGCACAUAGUCAAUCCUUGGAAAAUGAUCGUUGAUCCAAAGAAAGUGGCCCAGACAUCUGUCCACUCUGUUCUCCAGGCCUAUGGGAACAAAGUUAAUGUUCCAAUUGAUGUUGCCCUUGUUUAUCAUUGUCGGGUUCCCCUACAGGCAAAGCUUCCUAGAGAAUCCCUUAUAAAUGAUACAACGCUCUGGAGAUACAACGUCACACUUGUUGGGAAGGUCAGCAAAGUUCUACAACAGAUAGGACUGUAA